GCGGGGCGCUGUGGGGCCGGGCGCGAGCGCGGGGCCGUCAUGUCGGCCGCGCUGCUGCGCCGGGGCUUGGAGCUGCUGGAGCCGCCGGGCCGGGCAAAGGCGCCGCCGGAACUCCAGCGGGACCGGUCCGGCCCCAGGGCGGCGGGCGCGGCGAGGCGGAGGAAGAGAGUGCCGGAGCCCGGCAGGAACAAGACCACGGUCAAGGGCAGAGUCGUGAAGUCGGCGAUAGAGGAGUACCAUAGAAAGAAGCCUGUGAAUCACUUGAGAGAAAAUCUGAAGUACAUGUUGAAGGGACGACUUGUUGCAGACAAAAACAUCACAGAACAAGUUCUUGCUCAGAACAGAGGCAGAAAGUCCAAAGAUCAGCCUCCAGAGAAGAUAGAAAAGAAGAAGCCCGAAGGCACUGUGUUUACAGAGGAAGAUUUCCGUAAAUUUGAGAGAGAAUACUUUGGGAUACCGUAGACAUCGUGACGGGGAUUCUUGCAGCUCCAGUCUUUCUUCAGUCUGGCGCACAGGCCUGGGCAUUUUCUUGGCAUGUUUGAGAUGGCACGUGGGGGAUGUGUCUCCUCAGUGUUGGACUUGCAGAGCAGCUUUGCAUCUAGGCAGAGCUUGUUAGUGGCCAGCUAAAGACACAGAGGUACUCUUGGCUCUCAGAUGUCUUGUCCUUGUAAUUAUCUUUCUGCAGACGGCAUAAUGUAGAAUGGUGGACCAAGCCAAAUAAAAAUCUUUUUCCCCUUCCUUACAAUAUAGAGCUUCUGCUACCUGUGUUAUUUGGCAGAGAGCAUUGAAAGUACUGUAUCUGAAUGGAGAAAUUUUUUGGACCAGCAUUAAUGCAUUUCUGGAAGGGAAAGGAUGCUUUGAAAAACUGUUAAACUUGAGUAACCCUGCAGUUUGGGUUAUUAUUACAGCCCCUGUCAGGUCUGUCAGCCAUGGCAAAAAUUUUUUAUAUGURAUGUAAUUAAAUAAUUGUUGCAGACACUGUC